AGAAACUAAUAAUGAUAAAGAUCAGAGUUAUUGAUCAGAUCUGGGGUGAGAUAUCGAUCUGUUUCUGAUGGGACUGUGAGGAGGAGCGCUGGUGUUUCUGAGGUAUCUGAGCUCCAGCAGGAGGCGCUGUUCACUCCGCAUAUAAUCAGAGGCUGAGGAUCAGCGAGGAAAUCAGUUCCCGGUUCUUCUGGAGAUCAGAUCAGCGAGAUCAGAUCAGCGAGAUCAUUUCAAAGAGAUCAGAUUAGUGAGAUCAGAUCAGAGAGAUCAGAGGGAUCAUGGCCGAGGACAUGCUGCUGUUCUGGGCCUCCGGCUCUCCGCCCUGCUGGCGGGUGAUGAUCGCGCUGGAGGAGAAAAACCUGCAGGGCUACAAAAACAAACUGCUCUCCUUCGACAAACAGGAGCACAAGAACCCGGAGGUCCUGCAGAUCAACCCCAGAGGACAGCUGCCGGUGUUUAAGCACGGGGACGUGGUGGUGAACGAGUCCAUCGCUGCUUGUCUUUAUCUGGAGAACCGGUUUAAGGCUCAGGGAACUCAGCUGAUGCCGGACAGCGUAACCGAUCAGGCUCUCGUUCUGCAGAGGAUGUUCGAGGGAAACACACUGCAGCAGAAAAUGUAUGACGGGCUGUUCUAUGAGCACAUGGUUCCGGAGGCGGAGAGACACGAGUCUGCAGUGAAGAGACACAGAGAGAACCUCGUUACCGAGCUGAAACUGUGGGAGAGCUACCUGGAGAAGAUGGGUAAAGGAUCGUAUCUGGCUGGGAGGAGCUUCAGUAUGGCUGAUGUCGUGGUUUUCCCCUACAUCGCCUUCUUUCCCCGUUUUGGGUUGAGGAAGGAGCGAUACCCCAGACUGAUGGAGUAUUAUGAGAUGGUGAAGGAGCGUCCGAGUGUUAAAGCAUCAUGGCCUCCACACUGGCUGGAGAAUCCUCAGGGCCAGGAGACGCUCAAAGACCUGUGAGGAACCCGUGAGGAACCCGUGAGGAACCCGUGAGGAACCCGUGAGGAACCCAGACUACAGGAGGAGCACAGAACAAAUCAGAGCUUUAGAUCAGACUCACCGUCCACAUUCGUAUUAAUUCCCUGUUUGAUAGUUAUUAUAAAUAUAGUUAAUAAUUAAGAUCAUUAUCAGUGUUUUAUCUGUAAUAAACCCUCACUAACACACUACUGUUUAUAAUUCUGUUUCAUAUCAUUUUAGUUUAAAAUUAAUCUGUUAUUAAUCUGUUAUUAAUCUCAAUCACUUCAGAUUCUGAGUUUAUCUGCUCUGGGAUCAGUUUACUGAUUUCUGAUCAAACUUUAAUAAACCUGUUUUCAUCA